CCGUUGCUUCUCCUUUUCUCUCUCCUUCAAACAUCGCUCCGUGCCCAAUCGGAUACCCGGAAAAGAGUCCAACUAAUUGACUUUGAUUGAUUUUGCCCUGCAUUUCUGGGAAAAAAAAUAAAGCUUUAAGAAGAAAUGUACUCGGUUAUUCGGUCGUUAGCGUUGGAUGGAAGGGUGGGAGAUUAUCAAGCGUCGCUUGAUGGUACAAACUUGCCUGGUGAUGCUUGUUUGGUCCUAACAACCGAUCCCAAGCCCCGACUCCGAUGGACUGCCGACCUCCAUGAACGUUUCGUCGAUGCUGUUACUCAGCUCGGCGGCCCUGACAAAGCAACCCCGAAGACUAUUAUGAGAACAAUGGGAGUAAAAGGUCUUACUCUCUAUCACUUGAAAUCACAUCUUCAGAAAUAUCGGCUUGGGAAGCAAUCCGGUAAGGAAUCAGCUGAUAACUCUAAGGACGCCUCUUAUGUUGCAGAAAGUCAGGAUACCGGUUCAUCUACAACAUCGUCGUCGAGAAUGGUUGCACAAGAUUUGAAUGAGGGUUACCAGGUAACCGAAGCUCUACAACUGCAGAUGGAAGUGCAACGAAGACUACAUGAACAGUUGGAGGUACAGCGUCGGCUUCAACUUCGGAUUGAAGCGCAAAGCAAAUACCUACAGUCUAUACUCGAGAAAGCCUGUAAAGCUUUGAAUGACCAAGCCGCUGCUUCCGCCGGUCUGGAAGCCGCAAGAGAAGAGCUGUUGGAACUGGCUAUAAAGGUUUCCAAUGAUUGUCAAGGGCUGAUCCCUCACGGUAACAUAAAACUGCCUGCCUUGUCUGAACUUGCAGUAGCUAUAGAGAACAAUGUUACUUCCAAUAUGCCAUGCCGGAUUGGUGAUUGCUCGGUCGAAAGCUGCCCGACUUCAAGCGGAAUCCCGGUUUCUCCUAUGGGGGUUGGAUCACAGGUCGGUAUUAUGAAGAAGAGGGCGAGACCCGUGUUUGGUAACGGAGACCCAUUGCCUUUGGAUGGCAGUACAAGGCAAGAAGUAGAAUGGGGGAUGCCUAACGUUAGUUGAGUUCCAGGACAUUUCCACCUUAGAAAUGGUACCUUGUCUCUUUUUAUUAUUAUUAUUUCUUUCUUUUUGUUCUGUUAA